AUGGAAAAACCAUCGAAUGGGCCGCUAAUAGAGACAUACACAGACGCUUGGAAUGGACAUGAAGUUCUUCGUGACUGCAAGUGCGGAUAUCCAGACUUGCCCCACAAACCUCAAAGAUGCACAGAGCAGGAUUCAUAUGAUACCAACACGCAAACAUUUAUCCAGGCCUCAGAGCCAGGUGCAGUGGGCGGUGGCUGCUGGCUUUCAUCCUCAGGGACUACACAAGUGAAGCCUUGCGGUUCAGAUCGAGCCUUCCAAUAUUAUAUGAGGUAUGACACUGCACCGCCGUACUUUCUGUACAAUGCCGAUGUCUUCAGCGUGAAGCACAUCACUGCUACAGGAGCGCUGGGUGUAGACAGUAAGACUCUCGCAAAAGCGAACAUUUGCUUGUAUGAUGCGAGCAGCGGUCUCACCGUUGUCCCACCCGGAGCAAAUUUCCACGUUCUUAUGAGCAACAUUACAAGUCUGAUUGGAGCCGAUAUCCCUCCUGCAACAACUCUCACAAACGAGUUUCUCCUCCCAGGGUGCGGCGAUACUUCUUCGCAAGAUUGCCUCGUUUCGCGGGCAGUCAAUGGCAUGUCAUCCGAUUGCGUUUCCAAUCCUCACCUGCAGAAAUGUAUGCUUGCCCUUGUGCCUGCCUUCUGCUUCGACGUCCCUGCGCGCAGACUUGGGAUGAACGCUUCCGCUGAAGUGGAGGCCUGUUUCCGUAGAGUGCAGCUCGGUCCUUGCGUGGCGAAUCCCAGCGGCGCUGCCUGUCUUUCAGGAAAGUUUGCUGGUAUUGUGCAAUUUGUAUCGGGGUCGGGAGGGUCGGUUUCGUCGCGGAGCCUUGACACUACUGAGGGCCUGGCCCGACGACAGCUGUUAGACCCCCUUUUUGCAGGUAUCCCUGGUGUUCGUUCAGCUAUAGACGAGUUUUGGACUGGUGUCAUGAAGAACAUCAUCAACUCUGGGAUUAGCUUGGUCAACUUCUUUCGGGACGGAAUGGUCGCUUCCUCCAGAGCCAAUUGCAUUGGCGCCAGUCUUCUCGUUCAAGAUAAAACCGCCGCGGCCAGCAUUCGGCAGGGCUGUUCUGACGCUUUUAAAGAGCAUACGUUAAUUGCGCCGCUUCCACUCAACAGCGAUAUUGAGAGAGCAGGCAAUAUUUUUGCCGAGAUAGUCAGCCUCCUAUGGGUCGUUGGUGAUAUUGCAAAGGCUGCAAAGGCUGCGGAAUUCGUUGGAUUCAUGGAUGCUGUCAUGGCAAAGUUCAAGCCCAAGGCUUGGGGGACCAAAGGAGGUUCUGUUCUUGAGGCGACUGAAGGGUCCAACACAGUUCAGAUCUUCAACAACUAUGGUGAUGGAAAAGCAGCGCCCCUGUUCACCGAUUCGGCCAUUAGUGAGAUGGAGAAGACGACGAGUGAGAACACAUUUCUCAACUGCAGAGAGUGCGUCGGCACAGUAGCAAGAAGACAAGUCGGCAGUUUCCUUAAGAGACUCUGUUGUUUCUCUGGUCCAAGAGAAAAUCCGCUAGAAGAGCUGGGCCUGGGUGGUGGCGAUAUCGACGACGCUUUUGUGCAAGCCACCGUCAUACAAGAAGCCGUAGGCUUGAGCGAGCGCACUAUUGGACCCACUGUCGAACUGGUAACUGACGCGACGAGAUUGGAUGUUCUGAAAGAAGGAUCAGAUCAGUGGGCAAAAUAUUAUAUCGCCAACGACCCGGCGUAUCCAAAACUGGAUGAUGUUACGAGAUCGUUUUACGACGCUGUUAGCAAAUUUUAUGCCGAGGGGAGAGUUCGACCAAGCAAUCGGGUACCUUGGGCUAGAAAAAUUCGGGAUGCCGCGACCGAGACAUAUGGAUUUACGAACGAAGAAAGAGAGGCGGUCAUUGCAUGGGUUGGUUCAGAAUCUCACAGCCCUCAACUAGAAUCUGCACUGGGUAAAAUGAAUCCGGUGCAGACGUGGGUUACUACCACGACUCCUCUCACUGAUGAAGCAUUGAAAGCCCUAAAGGCACGUGGCCCGGGGUGGCAGAGUAAGGGCCCUUCCGGAGUCUAUUCUAUACAAGAUUUGUUCUUCCCUACUUUGAACGAAGCCGACGCUCCGGAUAAAGCUGCCGCCCUCAGCGCGAGCUUGGGUAUCUUCCCAGUAUUUGAAGCCGGGACUACGCCUUACCGAUUUGUUAUCAUGUCACAGAGUGGUCGCUAUAUCCCACCUGUUUAUGGCUCUCUGUACCAUGAAGUCCUUUUUAUGGAACCUUAUGCUGGAAAGUUUGAGCUUUUGGGAUUCCAGGAGUUGAACGGUGGUGAGGCUGCCAAAGCAGCUGGGGGGAAGCCUCCAUUUGGCGUUUUCUAUUUCCGUGAAAUCGAUACACCCACUUUUUCUACCCGUCAACUCACCGUACCUGGCAUCCAAUUUCCGGGAUUUUGUCCCCCCGUAGAAUCGAUAGGAAGCGAUACAUCGGAGGGUAUAAUAUAG